GGCGCCAUUCUUGCUCAAGUCUGGGCCUCUCUGUUGGGCUUCGGGGCUCCAGCUUUUCUAGGUCAUCGACCUGCCCCCACAAUCUGCUGAUGAAGCUGCGCCCUGGAGCCGCCCUCGCCGCUGCCUUGGUGGCCCUGCAUUGCACUGCGCUCGUCGCCGCCUCGCGGCUGAAGGGCGCGGCGGGGGGCGCCUCGGCCUCACUUGCCGACUUUGACCACUUGCGCCAGAGCAUUGUCCGCAUCCAGGCGGUUGCCCAGACUUUCGAUUGGUUGGCGCCCUUCCAGCCAGGGCAGGACCAGGUGGGCCUGGGCAGCGGCUUCGCCGUCCAGGCGGACCCGUACCCCUUGUUCGUCACCAACCAGCACGUCGUUAACGACGCCAAACAGGUGACGCUCCAGCUCCUGCUCUACGGCGAACAAAUGUGGGAGGCCGAGGUGGUAUCCGUUUGUCCGCAUUUCGACCUGGCACUGCUCGUGCUGAAGUCCCCGGGCAAAUUCCACGAGGCCAUGGAGUCCCGCAAUAUCAGCCUGCAGUCCCUGCGGCUCUCCGACCGCGUCGCGGCCAUGGGGGAAGAUGUGGUGGCCCUCGGGUUCCCUCUGGGCCAGGACGCCCUCAAGAUCUCGAAGGGUAACAUCGCGGGGAACGAGGAGGUGGACGGCAAUAUCUGCAUCCAGUCCACCGCCCCCAUCUCUCCUGGCAACAGUGGCGGCCCGCUCUUGGACGGAGCCGCGCAGGAGGUGGUCGGUGUCAAUUUCGCGAAGGCCACCGAGGGCGAGAACAUCAACUACGUGAUCCCAGCCUGGCGGGUGUCCCAGCUGGUGCGGAAGCACCUGAAGGACCAGGCGCCCCAGCCAGGAGGCCCUGGCCACCUGACGCCCAAGGUCCCCACCUUUCGGCGACUGCCUGUGAAGAUUCCACGCGUGGACUUGGUCACCGUCGAGGCCAACGAGGCCCUCUACGACGGCUCCCGCGGCUGCGACCGCGGCAUCUACAUGCCCAGGGUUGGCAAGAGGUCUUUCUUCACGAAGGCUGAGCCGCCGGUGCUGGGUGGUUCGUUCUUGACGGCGGUCAAUGGCGUCGAGCUGGACCAGUUCGGCAUGGGCCUCAACGCAGAAUACGCCGCUGACAGGGUGUCUUUCAACGAUCUGUUCUUCAUGAUUCCCGACCUUUCCGAGAACAUCGAGGUGAG